GCACCCACAGCCUCCCAGCACAGCAGCCCCCCUCUCAGCCACACAGACACACACUUCUCCGUUAUAAUAACGCCCCCCCCUGCAUCCCGCAAUGUCGGCCGCCAGCACCGAGACUAGUGCCCCUCUGCCCACCGCCGGCAGCCGCGUCUUCUUCCAAGGUGCGUCCGGGGUGAGCUGCGUGGGCUCCGGCCCCAUCACCGGGGACGACCCGGUGCAGAAGCGGCAGGGCAAAGUGACGGUGAAGUACGACAGGAAGGAGCUGCGGAAAAGACUCGUGCUGGAGGAGUGGAUCAUCGAGCAGCUCAGCGAGUUGUAUGACUGCGAGGAGGAGGAGAUGCCUGAGGUGGAGAUAGAUAUAGAUGACCUGCUGGAUGUCACCAGUGAUGAUGAGAGAGCUAGCAAACUGCUGGAAUCAUUAACAGACUGCUACAAACCAACAGAGGUUUUUGUCCGUGAGUUGCUGGGCAGGAUAAGGGGAAUGAGGAAACUCAGCGCUCCCUCCAAGAAGGGCCUAUAAUCGCCGCCGUGUCGGCCAUCAAUCAGACAUCAACUACAUCAUCUUAGCACCACCUGCUUACCUGCAUUCCACUAUGGACUGUCAUCACACGAAAAAUAAGUUGUCGAAACAUUAGCCAAUGCAAUCCUGCACCAUCAAAUCCAUGCAUAUAGUACCACAAGGUUUAUUAUAAUAUUUGACUGUUGAAAGGCACGUUAGCCAAACCGAGGCCACAUAGUGUAAUCGCAUACAUACAGCCGCAAGAAAAUGUUAAACCCCGCAACGUGCCAGAACUGCAACUGUGCUUUACCAUGAAUUCCACCUGACCUUACAUGUCAGAGCCAUGUUAAAACCACUGCUGUAAUUCCAACAGCCAUACAGACGUAAGACACCGAUGAAUCUCAAAAAGGGAGGUGGUAAAAAUAAAAAAAGGUUUGUACUGACGUAGGUGUUAAAUUAGCUGUAGCACUAUGUUAACCCAGUGCUUGAUGAUUUUGUCUUUUUUACUGAGGUGUUUUGCUGUUACUUCUUUUUUUCAAAAAGUACUGUAUGUUGUUCACAAGAUUCAUAUGUGGUCUUCAGUUAGUUUUUUUUGUCCUUCUUUAAAGUCGACCUCUUUAUCCUUCCUCUGUCAAUUCUUGCAAAUGUAAGGGAGCUCUGCAGUUUUAUUUUAGGCACAAGGUGUGAAUACAUCAAUUCUGUCAGUUUAUAUUCUGGUAAAGAGUGGUGACAAUUUAGCGGAGAGUUUUGCUUUCUACCCACCGUUUCUCAUGCACUUUCCACCACAGCAAGGCAUGAUGGGUGUUGCAGUUCUCUCUGCAACGCCUAUAUGAUUGGCAGUCUUUCACUUAUCACAUUACGCGGUGUUGCUCAUUGCUUGUCCCUCAUCAGAAUACAUAUCAGUUGAUUGUAUAGGUUUAAGCACAAAGCCCAAACAUCAAUUGUCAUAGCCGGUUUCACUUAACUCUACUAACUAGCCUCUCGAAUAGUGGUCGAUGUUGCCUUUAAGGACAUUCAGGAUCAGUUCACAUUUUACGAAGCACUGAACCUUAACUACUGACCACCUAAACAAUAAAUUUGGUGGAAUCAGAACCUGAAGACAACUUGAAACUGUUGACACUUAAACCUGUGGGUCCUGCAAGGGAAGGUGUGCCAAACCUGGGGUUCUUACAUCCUAAAUGUUACACGUCACGAGGCGUUAGGGGGACACAACAUUUUCACAGACUGUUUGUCAAAUUUGUUUGGAUGUUUCAAAACUUUUCCCCCCAAGUUGCAGAAAAUGAGUUGUAAUCACAUAAUCCCAGGUUUAAAAGUUACUCGCUGUUUAUUUGCACCAACCCACUUCUCAAAAAGCUGUAAGCUCUGGUACAAUCGUGCUCUGUUAAGGGGUUGGGCCCAGUUUCAUUUCAGGGCAGUCAAUCGUGAACCAACUGGAAUGGAGCUGAGCUAAACCUGCCAUAUGAUAUAUAUAUAUAUAUAUAUAUAUAUAUAUAUAUACAGUUUAUACCCUCAGCUGCCACAGACAAAAGCAGGGCAAUGUUUGACUUUAACAUAACACUUCCAAGCCACCCGUCUUGCAUGCUAACAACAGAGAAAAACAUUAAUGAAGAGUAUAUAUAUUAUAAACUUGUAAUCGAGCAAAAAAAUACUUUUUAGACUUAACUACCAUAUAUGACUUUGUAGAACUUUUUGUGUUGAAACAACGUGACCGUCACGUUGGAGAGAAUCCAGGAAAUUUUAAAAUGGUGCUGUUUUUGAUGUUCUUCCCAGGUUUAGGUUGUAAUAAGAGGGGUUUUCACUGUCCGAUUGAUGCCAGAGAAAUGUGUCUGAAAUAAAUAUGUCUGUCUCUAUGGAUGGAGUGCAUUCAGUCUGAAGUAUAGCAUCCUCUCUCUAUUUCCUCUCCUCAGCCUGAGCUGGGAUGGAUCAGUGUCACCACACUAGCUAUGGUGGAUUUAUUUAUAAAACGUCAUGUGUUUUCUGGAUCAGAUGAACAGGAAGAAGAAGUCAAAGAGGAAGCCAUUUCAGGCAGCUGAGAAGCAUCCAGGAUUUGUGUCAAGGUCCUCCAUAGGAUUUUCUCUGUCAAGAAGUGGUUCAGUUCAGAAGGCUGAUAUUUUAUAAUUUAUGGGAUUUCAUGUAUUUUGGAAGUGUCCAUACUAGAAAGCUUUACAUUUGCAUGUAUUUUUAAAGUAGCAUGUUGAAGGGAACAUUUUGUUGGCCCAAAGGUUUUUAUUUCAUAAAAUAAACACUUUCCUUUUUAUACCUUUUAUUAUUAUCAUUACAAUUAUUAUUCAGAAAAAAAAUAUUCUGUUUUUUUUCUCUUUUGUUUUUCUGUACAUCCACAAUAAGCGUCCUUGUUUUUAAAAUGUAAUGUGUUGUGUGGUUUGUUUUUGCUGAUAAUAAAAAUGCAGAACGACUCUGUACUGUUUAAACGUA